AUGAACCCAAAAAAGAACUUGAAGAGCACGACGGGGGAGGGCACGCCUACAGGUGCUGACGAAAUAGAGGAUGCUUGCUUCGAUAAAUCUCCCUUCAGUUCGGCGCCUAUGGUUGAUCUCCAGUUCAAACAGGGCGACUACCUCAGCGUCCACCGGGCCCUCCUUCAACGAAAUCCGAAGCUAGCCCUUCUUGACACUUCCCAGUCUCCCCCCCUAAAGCACAUCUCGCGGAGUGCAGGCCACGUUCUCGUCCACUACCUCUACACUGACACCUACCACACGCUGAAGUGGAUAGGUCCUACAACUGGUCGCGAGGAGACGAUUGCCAAGCUGAAGACGGGCUUCGAGGUCUACGCCACCGCACGCAAGUAUGAACUCGAUGGCCUAGAGGAGCUAGCCAAAGAGCAGAUCUCCCUCCUCAGCAAGGGGGCAGAUGCCCUUACAAUCGUUGACGUCGUUAAUGAGGCGUACCCCUCGUCGACCGACGAGGACACCUGGUUUCCAACUUACAUGAAGGCGAUUAUCAAGACCGCAUUCGAGGACUCUGCAGCACAGCUAAAGCCCGAGAUACAUAUAUCAUCCGAAAAUGAAUUCAAAGACGAUAUCCCCACUGCGAAGACCCUCCUCAGAGGCGCCUUAGAGGUCUAUCGCGAGAUGGUCAAGGACGCCUCCAUCACAACCGACCCCUCCCAGCUAGAGGAUGAUGAAUGUGAGAGAUGCGCAACGACUAAGAAGAAUAAGAAGGACAAGAAGAAAAUCUCGGCAGUCGUAGGAGAGCCUAAGGUAGAGGAGUCUGUAAACCGGGCCGAGCCCAGCCUAGACACUGUCGAUAACGACUGGGCCGCAAUCAGCACCAAGAGGAAGGAGAAGGGUACUGUCGCCAAGGAACCCAACAUCGAGGAGCUGCCUGCCAGACCCAAACCGAUGCCCGAGCCAGAAAAAGAGGAAGGUACGGCCACUGGUAACACUUCCGGUGGUGGCCCCUUCAGUGGCGGCCUUUUCAGUGGCGGCAGCACGACAAGGACGGCAUUUGGUGCCACGAAUAAUGCGGCCGUUGGCGACCCCCCCGGCACAGCUGGCGUUGCGUUCACUCCGACUACCGAGAAGGACGCCCUCUACUCGAAGCAAACCCAGUCCUUCCGAAACAUCCUGUUCAUGGGCGCAUACAAAAGGUGGUCCAGUGAGGAACUCAGAUUGGCCGACUACAACCAGGGCCGCAAGAUAAGCGGAACUGCCAAUUGCCCAAGAUGA